UUUUUGAAACAAUGGUUUUUAUGUGGUCGCUAUACAUUUCUCUGUUAACGCUUUCGAAACUGCUUUUAUAGUAUUGUGUUACUAACAACAAAUCAGUGACGUUUCCAAGGUAUGAGAUCAUAUCGGUCAGGUCAUUUGACAAUGUUAUUGAAUAUAUCUCCGUUAUGACAAAGAAGGUUUGGGAUGAUAGAGAGGUAAUAUAACAUGUGGUCUGCGUACCCACUACUUAUACAUUAAUUAUACCCUUACAUACACUUUUUAAUUAAUUAACCCACGUUUCGGAUUAUGCAGAAAAAAACAUGAUUAAAAGUUGAUCGUAACGUACAUAUAAAAUCAAACCCAGUGAAAGUCCUCCCCUUGCUCGCUUUUUUCCAAAAGAAUCGCGACAAAAUGAACAGACUCAUUGCAAGAUCUAUAUUUCUUUCCACGAAAUAUGUUAAACCUGUACCAAGCUACGCCUUCAAGCACCGUUAUGCAACGUUCGAUGUAAAUGAUAAAGUUGGCAAUCCUAAUGGUCGAUUGCGAGUAGAAGAAUCGCACUACUGUGACAACAUUAGUUCUCCAUUCAAGGAACCCUAUGGUAAUAUUCUCAAGGCCUUAAACAAGGAGACAGAAGAAAAAUUUGAUAAUCCUCACAUGAUGGUCUGUCCUGUUCAAGCAAAAUUUCUUUACCAGCUUGUGGGUAUUUUGAAACCUAAAAAUGUGCUUGAAAUAGGAGGAUUCACGGGCUAUUCCGCGAUUGCAAUGGGAGCAGCCUUAUCACCAGGCUCAAAGUUAUUGUCACUUGAAUUAGAACCCAAGCAUAUUGUUGUAGCUAAUCGCUUUAUUGAAGAAGCUAAUUUACAAGACAAAGUUUCAGUCAAGGAAGGUCCUGCAGGCGACAGCAUUACUGAAAUAGCCAACGAAUCUCCAAAAAAACAAUUUGAUUUGAUCUUUUUGGAUGCUGAUAAAGGUGGAUAUAUCGAUUACUAUGAAAUGAUUUUAAGCCACAACUUAUUAUCUGACCAUGGCGUCAUUGUUGCUGAUAAUGUGUUAUUCUAUGGUGAAGUUCAUAAAGUAGUUGAUGGUUACGAUGGUUACGAUGGCGAAUCGCAUGCCUCCAAAAACGUAAAAAGAACUGCAAAGAAGGUUGAUAAUUUUAAUCAACACGUAUUUAAGGAUUCAAGAGUAGAAGUUGUUGUACUUCCUGCAUUUGAUGGUUUAUCAUUCAUUCGUAAGAGAUUAACAUAACAAAAUAAUAAAAUAUUUGUGGUGUGCCAAGGGUUUUGAUUUCUUUGCAAAACAAACACAGCCCAUUUUUCAAAUGAUUGUUUUC